UAUAAUAGAAUAGAAUAAUAAUCACAAUGCCCACCACAGCUACUGCAUCUCUAUCCCCAAAAAGUAACCUUGAAGUUGAAUCCCCAAGGAAGAAUAGAAUUCAGGUUUCCAACACUAAGAAACCCCUAUUCUUUUACGUCAAUCUUGCCAAGAGGUAUAUACAACAACGUAAUGAAGUUGUGCUUUCUGCUCUUGGAAUGGCUAUAACUACAGUUGUUACAAUUGCUGAGAUUUUGAAGAAUAAUGGGCUUGCUACUGAGAAGAAAGUUUUGACAUCUUCAAUCAGCAUGAAGGAUGAGAGCAAAGGUCGUUUGGUGCAAAAGGCUAAGAUUGAAAUUAUUCUGGGAAAAUCUGAGAAGUUUGACAAUCUGAUGGCUUCUGCCAACACUGAAUCAAAACCAAGUGCUAAUGACAAUGACAAGAAAUCACAAAUAUAGGAGAGUCUGGCCAAUGUGCACCUUAUGUAGUUAACUUUGAGUUUCUCUUAGUGCUAUUUACAUCCAUAGACGUACAUAGGAGACAAGUUAGAUAAUUGUUUUUGUUGUUUUAAUCCAUGAGAAAAAUAGUCAUCAAGUUACAAUGAUAAGCCACCACUGAGUGAGUCAAACAUAUAUAAAUUCCCAUAUAUACGAUGAUUGCAAGAUCCUUAAGUUGA